UUUUUUUUCUUUUCUUGAGUGGGACCAUUUAGGAAUCUUGCCAAUAUGUGACAGAAGCAAUUGAACGCUGAGCGAGAAAAGUAGCAAUUGCUGAACAUCGCAGAGAGAAAACUUGACUUUGAAAGAGGACAGCACAAAACGAUCCAAAUGGCUGAACAGCACUCCGACCUGGAAAAGGCCAUCAACACUUUGGUCACAAAGUUCCAUGCCGCUGCGGCCAAUAAAGGUCCCACGCUCCAAACCAAAGAGUUCAAAGACCUCCUCUCCUCCCAGCUGCCCAACUUAGUCAAGACUGGAGGCUCAGAGCAGGGUCUGGGCAAGAUGAUGAAACAGAUGGGUGUGUCGGACGGUGAGGGAAUCACCUUCAAGCACUUCUGGGGCUUGAUCCAGUCGCUGGCCACCACGCAGCAUGACCUCAUUAGUAAGAAAGUGUCCAAGAGCAGCUGUGUGCUCCUGUAAGGUCCAUGCCUUCUGACGGUGGUGUGAGCCAGGGGAGAUCCAGACAGCCUCAUAGUAUCCCACCCAGUGUCAGUACCCCUUCUCACCGCACUGCUCCCAUCCAACCCUGGACACUCACAUAGUACUCACCCCUCCCACUACAGGCAUUUUAUUCCCCAUGCUAGGUAGUGCCAGCAGUGCUCAUCUCCUUGAUUUAACAUCAUCACAUUUGUUUUUGGGGUUGACAUGACGUGGAAACAAUGUUGAUUUUGCCCAUUGGGGUGGAACUCUGGGCUAUUCCUGUGGUACCUGACCUGUGGUAUCCAGACAUUGUGUGGUAUUUUGGAACAUUUUUACUGCAUAUAGGUGGGGUACAAAUCCUGUGGUUUUGUAUGGUAAUUUUGUUUUGUUUUUAUGUAGUAAUUCAAUGUUUUUUGUUUGUGGUUAUUUGGUGUAACCACAUGGUAUGGUAAUUGUUGUUGUAAUGGUAAAUUGUGUGGUAGCUGUAUACCACAGGAAUUCAGGUUUAUGUGGUAAUCGUGAUCCUAGCUGUACCAUAAGGUUUUUUUAUGGGAUCUAUAUGGUCCUGUGGAACUUUUUGGUGAACAACUGGUCCUGUGGUAACUGAAACCUAUUGACAUACUAUUAGUAAAAAUACAAUAAAAAGAAACAUGACAGAAAGGAAUGAAUUACAAUAACAAUAAAGGACUUAACUCCUAAAAUCA